AUGAGUCAAGACAGAACCAAUAGCACAUCGUCAACAGAAACAUCAUACUCACAUGACAAACACAUCAAAUUUGAUGAAACCCAAGGAAUAAAAUAUUCUGAAAAAACGGUUCCCACAACUCCCUCAGAAAGUAUACAUACUGUUGUUGGUAACCAAGCAGUUGAAGCUAACGCCUUAGCUGACAAAUUAGGGGACGCUCAUUUUAACCAGUUGCCAACUUCGCAAAUCAUCACUAUUCUACUAACAUUGUCUUUGGCCAACUUUGUUAGUUUUGCUGAUCAAACCGGUAUCACUGUUGGCCUUUCCGAAAUUGGUAAAGAUUUGAAUGCUCAACAACUGAUCAAUUGGGCUGGAUCUGCUUCCUUGUUGGCAAAUACUGUUUGCCAAGUUUUGUUUGGCCGAUUGUCUGAUAUUUUUGGUAGAAAGAAUGUCAUUAUGACUUGUCUCAUGAUCUUGUGUAUUGGAGACAUUGCUUGUUCAGUUGCUCGUAAUGGUGUUGAAUUCUUUGUCUUUAGAGCAUUAGCAGGAAUUGGUAAUGGUGGGGUGUCAAGUUUGUGUAUGGUCAUCUUAAGUGACAUUGUUUCAUUGAAAGACAGAGGUAAAUAUCAAGGUAUUUUGGGUUCAAGUGUUGGGAUUGGUAAUGCUGUAGGUCCCUUUAUCAUGGCCGGGUUUAUUAAACAAUCGAGUUGGAGAAGUUAUUACUAUUUUCUUGCUCCACUUGCCUUUUGCGUUAACAUCGUAUUGUUCUUUUCAUUGAAGAACAACAAGAAGCUUAAUGAUGUUAUUUCGAGAAAGGAGAAGUUCAAGAGCAUAGACUAUUUGGGGAUCAUCAGUGCCACUAUUGGUUUGACGUUGAUCUUGGUUCCCUUGAAUGGUGGUGGUGUCACUUAUGCUUGGGAUAGUACUCUUGUCAUUGUCAUGUUCACUAUUGGAGGUGUGUUUAUGAUUUUGUUCUUGGGCAUUGAAGGUAAAGUAGCUAAGCUUCCCAUGAUUCCAUUGAGAUUGUUCAAAAACUUGUCGUUGUGUUUGAUAUACUUGGCAACUUUCUGCUUUGGUGCAACAUACUACAGCUUCACUUACUACUUGCCCUACUAUUUUCAAAUUGUUAAAGGCAAAGAUGAAAUUCAAACCUCAGUGUUUGUGUUACCCUUAGUGUUGUGUCAAGCUGCAUUCUCGGUGGUUGCUGGUCAACUAAUCACAUUCACUGGUCAUUACUUUUAUGUUGUUGUGGCCGGCUAUAUUCUUUGGUGCUUAGCCUGUUGUCUUUUGGUUCUUUGGAAUGCUAGCUUACCAGAUGGAAUCAACAUCUUAAUAUUAUUGAUUAUGGGCACCGGUGUUGGUUUUUCAUUCCAACCUUCAAUGGUGGCAGCACAAGCUAAUUGUAAAAAAGCAGAAAGAGCAGUUGCCAUCUCCACUAGGAAUGUUUUGAGGUCCUUGGGUGGAUGUGUUGGUAUUGCUGUUGGUUCAACUAUCGUUAGCAACUCCGUACUCAGUUCAUUAAACAAUCUUGGCUCAUCAACAUCCUUAACUCAACUGACAAUUGAUUAUGUCAAGGGGCAUAUAUAUAACAAGGUGAAUGUUGACAGCUUAACAGCAGCUGAGACCAAAGAAAUUAGGGAUAUAUACACCAAUGCUUUGAGAAAUUAUUUUUACUUGUUGAUUCCACUUAUGGCUAUUUGUGUCAUCACCACCUGUUUUGUCAAGGACAAUGGGUUGUGUAGUCUUGAUGAGAGACCGCCACUUAAAAAGAAGGAAGAUUUGGAAUCGUCUGCUAGUUCAAUGACAUUGAGGAACUAG